GAGCCCCGCGCCGCCGGCUUUUCCCAGGCUCGCCACCCGCGGGCCGCCAGAGUUCCGCAGGCGCCGACCGCGCUCGCCGCGCCCCUGCGCCGCCCGCCUCGCCCAUGUCUCAGUACGCCCCCGGCCCCGACUGCAAGAGCGCUUUGGACAACAGCCUCGAGGCCAAUAUCGACGAUGUCCAGGCCGAGGAGGACCUGCCCCGGCCCCAGAACUACCUGUGGCUCUCCAUCCUCUCCUGCUUCUGCCCCUCGUACCCCGUCAACAUCGUGGCCUUCGUCUUCUCCAUCAUGUCUCUGAACAGCUACAACAACGGCGACGUGGAGGGCUCCAGGCAGCUGGGGCGGAACGCCAAGUGGAUCGCCAUCGCCUCCAUCAUUAUCGGCCUCUUCAUCAUCGGCGUUUCUUGUGUAGUUCACUUCGCACGGAAGUCCUGAGAGCGGGCAGCGGCCGAGCACGGAGGACGGCUGCGGCGUCCACAGCUCCUGCCCGGAGAUGCUGACGGGACGAAGCCGGCUCCGGAAGGCGAGACCGCGAGGCCGUUUCCUCCAGGCCUCGCCAGAGGCAGGGCCCCCGGCCAAUGAACUCAAAAUGCAAAAGUCCAAGAUUUCGGAAAGCCCAACAGCCCAGCCCAGCAGCCAGGCAUUGUUUGUUUUCCAUGCUUCGUUUUGUUUUUUUUGUUUUUUAAGAAAAGAAAAGAAAAAUCUCAGAACACUAUUGAAAGUCUACGCCCGUGUUCCACAGAGUCCACGGGUCGACUAAGGCUCUGUGGCUUUUCUUCU